UCUAUAUCAACCCUGAUCCAUUCAUUCACAUUCAGUCUUUGUUUUCGAGUCGUAGGAAAGCGGGAUUAGAAACGAGAGAUGCUUUCGCUAGUGCGUCGGAGACUUCUCUCCACGACGACGAGCACGAGCGUCGCUGCUGCUGCUGCUGCUGCCACGACUCGCGCGAUGGCGCACACGAAAGCUGCUGCCGCUGCUCCUCCUGUGGCUCUGCCGCGAGGAUUCGGCUGGACGUCGCAGCAAGCGGCAGUCGAGGCACUGCUGCCAGAAGGGCUGGUGGACACUCUCAAUGCAAAUCGUGCUAGUGCUCUUGGUGUUGCUCAAGACCAGCAACAACCAUCCGCGCGGACAAAGCCGGAGGGAGUGUCGAUGGAGGACUGGGUUCAGGGCGAACAGCAGCGUGUGGCAGACCGCGCUCGUGCUCGCGUCAAGACCCAACUGCUCGCCGAUACGACGCUCACACAGCUCAGCCAAGGCUGGGAGAAGAUUAAGGCCCUCGCAGACACAGAGCUACACAUUUACAACCUGUUGUUUGGUGUCAAUCCGCCGUAUCCCGGUGCCUUUUUCGACUUGCCCAACGAAGUCGUGACUCGUCGCCUCAAGUAUCUGUUCCCCACCAUGCUCAAGCCACCACAAGUCGACGCGAGCUCUCGUCGCCCACAUCACGGCAUGAAGAAUCAACUCACAGACCGACCCACGUCGCUGGCCCACUUCACCGGCCAACCCGCUAUUAACGACAAGCUCUUCGAAUUGGACGCCAUCUACGAUCGGUUGUCGCGCGACGCAUAUCCGCCAGUGCGAGCUGCGCAGCAUCUGCAUGCAUUCACCGGAUCGAUGCUUUCGGCAAACAUGUUUGCAGUGGAGGGAGCGCGUGCCUUGGAUGGGGCAAAGCUUCCGAGCCGGCAGAAUGAAAACUGCAUGGACGAAGUCGUGUUUCGCGCAGCGCUCGAUAUCGACCGCGUGCUGACGCCGGCCUUGAACGACACUGUUCUCGGCAUUCCGCAGCUCUUGCAAGCACACCUGGACAGCCUCGCCGCCGCAGAAAAGCCCGCAGACGCCACCCCUGCCUCUCUUCUGUACCAGCUCUUCCUGGCGCCCUCUGCCCUUCCAGGCAAUGCGCACCAAGUGACCAUCCUUCGCGGACUCGUUAUCGAACAGCUUCGUGUGCGUCAAAGCGACAGGAGUGUCCGAGCAGGACACAACCCGUUCGUUGUGCUCGAUCGUGGAACGCUCGUGCCCGUGACCUUUACCGACGCAUCAGCAGGCUCGGAAGAGCCCAAGCUUUUGAGAAUCACUGACGAGGUGCUGCUCGGCACGGCAGAGUCGUCCGUGCUCCCUUGCGAGCCGACGCUUUACGACGUCCUGAUGGCGGUCGCCCACCGCGCUGCCCUGCUGUUCCCGUCCUUUGAGGCCUUCCCUUCCAUCACACAUGACGGCAAGCUCACUUACGAGGCUGCACGAUGGCACGUGGCAACACACCUCGGCGAAGAGGGUGCUCGCGCGUUCGACCACGUUGUCGACCAGAUUUCCCUCGCUGUGCCCUUCGGGCCCCGCGACGGCUCGUGGCAAGAACCCGCCGCAGAGUAUCGGGCUUUAGCUGCCACCGGCGCCGCGGGCGUGCCUUCGACCAGCUUGCUUCAGCGUAUCGCUUCUGCCACACCACACAGCGUCCUUGUUCGCGCCCGCCCGCGCACACCCACCACCGGCUGGCUCCGACGAGAGGCGCUCGAGCAGCAGCUGUCGAUGCCGCUGAGCAUGGCCAUGCACCGUCGUGUCACUCUCCGCCUGACCAAGAUUGCUCGGCUCCCCAACGGCCACAUUGUCUCCAACUACCUCAACGACCAUCGUGAGAGUCGCCGUGCCUCCUCCGCUCGUGCCGGCGAGCGCAAGGCACACCCGGGCAACAGCGUGGUCACGUCUGGUCGCCGCAAGGCUUCCGUGGCUGUGGUGCGCCUCACGCGCUCUGCCAACGUCGACGGCACCAUCACCGUCAACGGCCAACCGCUCGGCAAGUACUUUAACGUCCCUGUUCCCAUCCGAACAGCCAUCCUGCCGCUCGAGCUCACGGGCACGCUGGGCUUUUUCAAUGUGAACGCUACCGUCAAGGGUGGCGGCCUCACUGGCCAUGCCGGCGCCAUCCGCGAGGGCAUCAUGCAGGGCAUCAUCCGAUUCUUCCCCGAGUUCCGUCCGCUGUUCCGCAAGACCGGUCUGCUGACCCUUGAUCGCCGCAAGGUCGAGUGCAAGAAGCCUGGUCGCAAGAAGGCCCGCCGUGCCUUCCAAUGGGUCAAGCGUUGAUCCAGCAAAAUUCGCAGCGCGUUUGUACUAUUUUGUUUUUGCCCCUCGCCCUUUUUCUCCUCUUUUUGUUAUUUUGUAAUGCAAAUAGCAAAUUGUUGCGCCUUCCACAAUCCGC